AUGUGGAGGUUGAAGUUGUCGGAAGGAGAAGAAGAGAGUGUGAAUGAACAUAUUGGAAGACAGUUUUGGGAGUAUGAUUACCAUUUUGGAACCUCCCAAGAGAGACUUCACAUCUCCCAUCUUCGCGCCAACUUUACUCUCAAUCGCUUUUCUUCUACUCAUAGUUCUGAUCUUCUCUACCGUUUUCAGUGUUUGAAAGAGAAAGGAAGAGGAAGGGAGAUGCUUCCGCAAGUGAUAGUGAAUGAUGAAGAAGAAGGAGAGAUAAAUUUAGAAGUUGUGAAUGUCACACUCAGAAGAAGUUUGAGAUUCUACUCAACACUACAAUCACAAGAUGGCUUUUGGCCUGGUGACUAUGGUGGCCCUUUGUUUCUCUUGCCUGCUCUGGUUAUAGGCUUAUAUGCGACGGAAGUUCUGGACGCAACUUUAACUGCUCAACAUCAAAUCGAGAUUCGUCGUUAUCUCUAUAACCAUCAGAAUAAGGAUGGAGGAUGGGGACUACACAUAGAAGGGAGUAGCACCAUUUUCUGUACGGUUCUCUCAUACGUAGCACUGAGAUUGAUGGGUGAAGAAAUGGACGGUAGAGAUGGAGCCAUGGAAAUCGCUAGACGUUGGAUUCACCACCGUGGUGGCGCCACUUUUAUUCCCUCUUGGGGCAAGCUNUGGCUCUCAGUUCUUGGUGUUUAUGAAUGGAGUGGGAACAAUCCUUUACCUCCAGAGCUAUGGCUUCUUCCUUAUACUCUUCCGUUUCAUCCAGGCCGAAUGUGGUGCCAUUGCAGGAUGGUUUAUCUUCCAAUGUCAUAUCUAUACGGCAAAAGAUUUGUUUCUCGCAUCAAUGGAACUAUCAUGUCUCUUCGAAGAGAGCUCUACACUAUUCCUUAUCACCAUAUCGAUUGGGACACCGCUCGUAAUCAAUGCGCCAAGGAGGAUUUGUACUAUCCGCAUCCAAAGAUUCAAGACUUUAUGUGGAGUUGCUUGAAGAAAUUGGGAGAGCCUCUUCUUGAGAGAUGGCCAUUUUCUAAGUUGAGAGACAGAGCUCUUCAGACAGUGAUGCAGAACAUUCACUAUGAGGACCAAAACAGCCAUUUUAUUUGUAUCGGUCCUGUCAACAAGGUCUUGAAUAUGGUUUGCUGCUGGGUCGAUGAUCCAAAUUCCGAAGCAUUUAAAUGCCAUCUAUCGCGGAUCAAAGAUUAUUUGUGGGUGGCUGAAGAUGGAAUGAAAAUGCAGGGAUACAAUGGAUCUCAGAUAUGGGAUGUGACCUUAGCGGUCCAAGCAAUCUUGGCGACAAAUUUGGUUGAUGAAUAUGGCUUGAUGCUUAAGAGAGCUCAUAACUACAUCAAGAACACUCAAAUAAGGAGAAACACGUGUGGAGAUCCGGGGUUGUGGUACCGACACCCGAGCAAGGGAGGAUGGGGUUUCUCCACUGGAGACAAUCCAUGGCCUGUCUCUGACUGUACAGCUGAAGCCUUGAAGGCAGCAUUGCUACUUUCGCAGAUUCCCGUUAAUCUAGUUGGAGAAGCCAUGCCUGAUGAGCAUUUAUUUGAUGCUGUUAACUUUAUCUUAUCAUUACAGAACAAAAAUGGCGGAUUUGCCACCUACGAGCUUACUAGAUCAUAUCCUUGGCUAGAGGUGAUCAAUCCAUCAGAGACUUUUGGAGAUAUCAUCAUAGAUUAUCAAUACGUAGAAUGCACGUCAGCUGCAAUCCAAGGUCUGGUUCUAUUCACAAGAACCAAUCUAAAUUACAAGAGGAAAGAGAUACUGAGAUGUAUCAAGAAAGCAGUUGAGUUUAUUGAGAAAACUCAGCUUCCUGAUGGUUCUUGGUAUGGCUCGUGGGGAGUUUGCUUCACAUACGCGACAUGGUUUGGGAUUAAAGGCUUGUUGGCUGCUGGCAAAACAUAUGAGACUAGUGUUUGUAUCAUAAAAGCUUGUGAUUUCUUACUCUCCAAACAACUUUCUUGUGGUGGUUGGGGAGAGAGUUACCUCUCAUGCCAAAACAAAGUAUACACAAAUCUUCCCGGGAACAGAUCGCAUAUCGUCAACACAUCAUGGGCGGUUCUAGCUCUAAUUGAAGCAGGACAGGCUAGUAGAGACCCUAUGCCAUUGCACCGCGGGGCAAAAUCGCUGAUUAAUUCACAGAUGGAAGAUGGAGAUUAUCCACAACAGGAGAUAUUGGGAGUCUUUAAUCGAAAUUGUAUGAUCAGUUACUCAGCUUAUAGAAACAUAUUCCCCAUUUGGGCUCUAGGAGAAUACCGCAAUCUCUUACUGUCUUCGUCUGUAUGA